AUGGUGUCGGAGAAGCUGAGUGCCCUGCAGUUCGGGCAGGAGUUCGUGAGCCAGUAUUACACGAUACUGAAGCGCGCUCCAGAAACACUGCAAAAAUUUUACGGCGAGAAUUCCUCGUACGUCCAUGGAGGAUUGGAUUCCCAUGGAAAACCUGCGGCGGCGGUCUACGGCCAAGCGGAAAUCCACAGAAAGGUGAUGUCUCAGAGCUUCAUGGACUGUCACGUGGAGAUCCUCCACGUGGACGCCCAGGCCACCCUGAGCGAAGGCGUCCUGGUGCAGGUGCUGGGCUUGCUGUCCAACAACAACCAGGAGCUGAGGCGCUUCAUGCAGACCUUUGUGCUGGCGCCCCAGGGCUCCGCUGAAGGGAAGUUCUACUUGCACAACGACAUCUUUAGGUAUCUGGAUGAGGUCUUUGAUGGCUUAGACACUCAGGAACAAUCUAAGAAAGAAGUAGAGGAGGAGCCCCGUGAAGAGAAGCCUGAGGCCAUCGUAGAGGAAGCUGUUCCCGAGGCCACACAGAGAAGCCCAUCGCAAGCUCCCACAGACCUGGCCCCAGCGGACCUGGUCCCCGCGGACCCGACUCCCACGGACCUGGCCCCAACAGACCUGGCCCCCGCGGCUCCAGCCCCCGCGGACCUGGCCCCAGCAGAGCCGGACCCAGUGGAUCCAGCCCCCGCGGACCCGAAUCCGGCGCAGGAGGACGUGCGGCCAGUGUCAUGGGCGUCGGUGAUCUGCAAGAAACUUGGGCCGGUGACCGGGACCCCGCCCCACGUGGUGAAAGAGCCGGCCGCCCAGCCCCGACCCAAGACCAAGCCUGAGUCGCCGAUUCCACCUCAGAGGCGGCAGCAGGACAGGAGGGAGAAGCAGGUCCAGCCAAGUCCCCGCGGGGCCAACUGGCAAGGUCCCAAGGAACCCGGAAGAGCCAAGAGGCACCCCGACAGGCACCCCGACAGCCACCAGCUCUUCCUAGGCAACCUGCCGCACGACGUGGACAAGCCCGAGCUCCAGGCUUUGUUCCAGACUUUUGGCAGUGUGGUGGAGCUGCGCAUCCACAGCCGCGGGGAGUUGCCCAAUUUUGGGUUUGUUGCGUUCGACAGCCCUGCGCCGGUUCAGAAGGUUCUUAGCAAAAGGCCCAUCAUGUUGCGUGGGGCCGUGCGCCUGAACGUCCAGGAGAAGAAGCCCCGGGCGGCCCGCGAAGGGGACUGGCGCCCCAGGGGCCCUGGCGUCCCUCCUGAGGGUCUGGGGUUCGGCCAGCGAGGGUCUCCCCAAAGGGCCCUGUUGCAGCAGCGUGAGUUGGAGGUGGAGGGGGACCUAGCCCCUGGGCAGUGA